AUGUCCUGCCAGCAGAACCAGCAGCAGUGCCAGCCCCCAGCCCCGCCCAAGUGCACCCCCAAGUGUCCCCCAAAGAGCCCUGCACAGUGCUCGCCCCCAGCCGUCUCUGGCUGUGCUUUGACCUCCGGGGGCUGUCAUGGGCCUCGCUCUGAGCCAAGCUGCUGCCUGAGCCCCCACCGGCGCCGCAGGUCCCACAGGUGCAGGCGCCAGAGCUCCAACUGCAGUGAUGAUGGCAGCAGCGGUGUGCAGGCCGGGGGCUCCGGCUGUGGCCCCUGCUCUGGGGGUAGCUGCUGA